AUGAAGAUGUUAACCAAGUUUGAGUCCAAGUCAUCAAGGGCUAAAGGGGUUGCAUUUCAUCCCAAAAGACCUUGGUGUUUAGUAUCAUUACAUUCAUCAACUAUUCAAUUAUGGGAUUAUAGAAUGGGAACAUUAAUUGAUAGAUUUGAAGAUCAUGUUGGACCAGUUAGAUGUGUCAAUUUUCAUCCUACUCAACCAUUAUUUGUUUCUGGUGGUGAUGAUUAUACUAUAAAAGUUUGGUCAUUAAAUACAAGAAAAUGUAUAUUUACAUUAAAUGGUCAUUUAGAUUAUGUUAGAGGAGUUAGUUUUCAUCAUGAUUUACCAUGGAUUUUAAGUUGUUCAGACGAUCAAACUAUUAGAAUAUGGAAUUGGCAAAAUAGACAAGAAAUUGCUUGUUUAACUGGUCAUAAUCAUUAUGUUAUGAGUGCACAAUUUCAUCCAACUGAAGAUUUAAUUGUUAGUGCAAGUUUAGAUCAAACUGUUAGAGUUUGGGAUAUUUCAGGUUUAAGAAAAAAACAUUCAGCUCCUACUUCAUCAAUAAGAUCAUUUGAAGAUCAAAUUCAAAGACAACAAUUACCUCAACAAGAUAUUUUUGGUAAUGUAAAUGCUAUUGUUAAAUAUGUUUUAGAAGGUCAUGAUAAAGGUGUUAAUUAUGCUAGUUUUCAUCCAACUUUACCAUUAAUUGUAUCUGCUGGUGAUGAUAGAUUAGUUAAAUUAUGGAGAAUGAGUGAUACAAAAGCUUGGGAAGUUGAUACUUGUAGAGGUCAUACUGGUAAUGUAUUAAGUGCCAUAUUCCAUCCACAUCAAGAUAUGAUUUUAUCAGUAUCAGAUGAUAAAACAAUAAGAGUAUGGGAUUUAAAUAAAAGAGUUCCAAUAAAACAAUUUAGAAGAGAACAUGAUAGAUUUUGGUUAAUUGCAAGUCAUCCAACUAUUAAUUUAUUUGCUGCAUGUCAUGAUUCAGGAGUAAUGGUUUUUAAAUUAGAAAGAGAAAGACCUGCACAUUCUAUUUUUCAAAAUAAAUUAUUUUAUAUAAAUUCAGAAAAACAAGUUCAAUCAUUUGAUUUUACAAAACAAGAAAGUUCAUUACCUAUGUUAAGUUUAAAAAAAAUUGGUAAAACUUGGUCAUUUAUGAGAACUUUAAGUUAUAAUCAAAGUGAUAAUUCUAUUUUGGUUGUACAUGGAGAAGGUGAUAAUUCAAAUUAUGCUUUAAUUACAUUACCAAAACAUGCUACUGGUGCAAUUGAACCAACUGAUAUAAGACAAGGUGAAGGUAAUUUUGCAACUUUUAUUUCCCGUAAUAGAUUUGUUACUUUUAUAAAAUCUUCAAAAACUUUACAUGUUAAAGAUUUAAGUAAUAAUAUUACUAAAACCAUACAAUUAGAUUCUUCAAUUAUUGAUGUAUUAUAUGGUGGUCCAGGACGUGUUUUAUUGGUGAAAGCUCAUUCAGUUAUAAAUUAUGAUGUAUUACAAAGAAAAGAAUUGGCUGAAAUUAAUGUCAACAAUGUUAAAUAUGUAAGUUGGUCACAAGAUGGUCAAUAUUUAGCAUUAUUAUCAAAACAUACUAUAACUAUAGCCAAUAAAGAUUUGGAAUUAAUUACUUCAAUGCAUGAAACUAUUAGAAUCAAAAGUGCAAGUUGGGAUGAUUCUGGUGUUUUAUUAUAUUCAACUUUGAAUCACAUAAAAUAUACUUUAUUAAAUGGUGAUAAUGGUAUUAUAAAAACUUUAGAAAAUACAGUAUAUAUCACAAAAGUAAGUGGUAAUAUCAUUUAUUGUUUAAAUAGAUCAGGACAAGUUGAUGUAUUAAAAAUUGAUCCAACAGAAUAUAGAUUUAAAAGAGCAUUAGUUAAUAAAAAUUUUGGAGAAGUUUUAAGAAUUAUUAAAAAUUCAACAUUAGUUGGACAAAAUAUUAUUGGAUAUUUACAGAAAAAGGGAUUUCCUGAAGUUGCAUUACAUUUUGUACAAGAUCCAGAAACAAGAUUUGAAUUAGCUUUAGAAUGUAGUAAUUUACAAGUUGCUUUAGAACAAGCUAAAAUAUUAAAUGAUAAUAAAAUUUGGGAAAAAUUAGGUGAAGAAGCUCUUUUACAAGGCAAUAUAGAUAUAGUUGAAUUUGUUUAUCAACAAUUACAUUAUUUUGAAAAAUUAUCAUUUUUAUAUUUGUAUAAAGGAGAUCAAGAAAGAUUGAAAAAAAUGUCAACUAUAGCUGAACAUAGAAAUGAUUUAUCUGCAUUAGUUCAAAAUACUUUAUAUAAUAAUGAUGUUGAAAAAAGAUGUCAAGUAUUUAUCGCAAAUGGAAUGUUACCAUUAGCUUAUACAUUAGCUAAAACAAAUGGUUUGGAUGAAUUUGCUUCAAAAAUUUUGGAAGAAGCUGGUAUCACAGAAAAAGAUGUUGAAUUACCAGAAUUAGGUGAAACCACCCCAUUACCAAAACCAAUUAAUGAACCAUUAAGUAAUUGGCCAUUAAAAGAGAGUUCAUUAUCAUAUUUUGAAAAUGCUUUAUUAACUGGAAAAGUUGAAAAUUUAUCAAUUGAAGAUGAAUCUACUAAUACUACAACAAAAACCGAUGCUACAAAUACAACUUUGGAUUUUGAUGAUGAAGAACAAGAAAUUGAUGAAGAUGGUGGUGCAUGGGAUGAUGAAGAUUUAGAUAUAGAUGAUCAUGAUAUAAUAUCACCAAUUAAUGGAGAAGAAUCCGUGGAUGUUUCUAAUGUUGUUACAAAUGAUGGAGAAAUUGGUGAUUGGUUACGUAAUGCUAAAACUCCAGCUACAUAUGUUGCAUCAGGAUCAUUUGAACAAGCAGCUCAAUUAUUACAAAAACAAUUGGGAAUAAAUAAUUUUGAACCUUUAAGAAAAAGAUUUUUACAAGUUUAUGGAUCAUCAAAAUUAUAUUUCCCAGGAGUUUAUGAUUUACCAUCAUUUAAAACUUUUAUAAGAGAUGACCCUGAAGAAGAAGAUUCCAAACUGUUUUUACCUUUAAUUCCUGGAUUUGAUACAUUAGAAGAUCAAUUACAAAUUGCAUUUAAAAAAUUUAAAGCUAAUAAUUUAGAAGAUGCUAUCAAAACUUUUAAACAAGUGAUUUAUACAAUAACUAUAUUAAAUGUAGAAACAGAAGAACAAGAAACAAAAUGUCAUGAAAUUCUUUCGUUAUGUGGUGAAUAUAUCUUGGGAUUAUCAAUAGAAUUAAAAAGAAGAUCAUUACCACCAACAGAUAUUAAAAGAAAUUUGGAAUUAGCUUCAUAUUUCACAAGAUGUAAUUUACAACCAUCCCACAAAUUAAAUGCAUUAAAUGUAGCAAUGACACAAUCAUUUAAAAAUAAAAAUUUUGCAAGUUCAUCAUAUUUUGCAGAAGAAUUUUUAAAAAUAUCAUCACUGGGACCAAGAGCAGAACAAGCUUCUAAAUUAAAACAAAAAUCAGAUUCUAUAGCAUCAGAUUCAAUUUCAAUUGAUUUUGAUCCAUAUGCAGAAUUUCAAAUUUGUUGUGGAUCUUUUACUCCUAUAUAUAAAGGUGAUUCAUUUGUUGAAGAAGCUUUAGUUGGUGCUAAAUAUAAACCUGAAUUUAAAGGCUCAAUUUGUAAUAUUACUGAUAUUACUUCUAUUGGUGUACCUGCGUCUGGAUUACGUAUAAGAAGAUAA